UCCUUACGAAGAGAUAAAUCUCACUCCCAUCACUCUAUCCCCAAAAAUCUUCUUCGUCUUCUCCACCAAAUCCAAAUCCAAACCCAAACCCUAGCUUUCUCCCCAUGGCGAUGAUAUCCACACCAACCGCCUGCUCAACCUCCUCCAGACUCAUCUCUCCUCCUUCCCUCCGUCCCUCCAUCUCCACCAACCUCAAAACCCUAAAUCUCUCCUCCUCCUUCCUCCCUUCCUACUCCCUCUCCGCCGCUAAACCCUCUCCUCAAUCCACCACCACUCGCCGCUCCUUCACCGUCCGCGCCGCGCGCGGCAAGUUCGAGAGGAAAAAACCCCACGUCAACAUCGGAACAAUCGGCCACGUCGACCACGGCAAGACCACCCUAACCGCCGCCCUCACAAUGGCCCUCGCCUCCAUGGGGAACAGCGUCGCCAAAAAGUACGACGAGAUCGACGCAGCGCCGGAGGAGCGAGCCCGGGGCAUCACCAUCAACACCGCCACCGUCGAGUACGAGACGGAGAACCGCCACUACGCCCACGUGGACUGCCCCGGCCACGCCGACUACGUCAAGAACAUGAUCACCGGCGCCGCGCAGAUGGACGGAGCCAUCCUCGUCGUCUCCGGCGCCGACGGACCCAUGCCUCAGACGAAAGAGCACAUCCUCCUCGCCAAGCAGGUCGGCGUCCCCGACAUGGUCGUCUUCCUCAACAAAGAGGACCAGGUCGACGACGCUGAGCUGCUGGAGCUAGUGGAGCUCGAGGUCCGGGAGCUUUUGUCUUCCUACGAGUUCAAUGGUGAUGACAUCCCGAUUAUCUCCGGGUCGGCGUUGCUUGCAGUGGAGACGCUUACGGAGAAUCCCAACGUGAAGAGAGGAGAUAACAAGUGGGUUGAUAAGAUUUACGAGCUGAUGGAUGCUGUUGAUAGUUAUAUACCGAUCCCUCAGAGACAGACCGAGCUGCCUUUCUUGUUAGCUGUUGAGGAUGUUUUCUCUAUAACAGGGCGUGGGACUGUGGCCACGGGGAGGGUGGAAAGAGGGACUGUGAAGGUUGGGGAGACUGUGGAUUUAGUUGGGUUGAGGGAGACGAGGAACUAUACGGUUACUGGUGUUGAGAUGUUUCAGAAGAUUCUUGAUGAGGCUUUAGCUGGGGAUAAUGUUGGUUUGUUGCUUAGGGGUAUUCAGAAGGCUGAUAUUCAGAGAGGGAUGGUGUUGGCUAAGCCUGGGAGUAUCACUCCGCAUACUAAGUUCGAGGCGAUUGUGUAUGUGUUGAAGAAGGAAGAAGGCGGGAGGCAUUCGCCGUUUUUCGCGGGGUACAGGCCUCAGUUUUACAUGAGGACGACGGAUGUGACGGGGAAAGUGACGAAGAUUAUGAAUGAUAAAGAUGAGGAGUCGAAGAUGGUUAUGCCUGGUGAUAGGGUGAAGAUUGUGGUUGAGCUUAUUGUGCCUGUGGCUUGUGAGCAAGGGAUGAGGUUUGCUAUUAGAGAAGGUGGGAAGACCGUUGGUGCUGGUGUUAUUCAGUCUAUCAUCGAAUGAUUUCAUUAGAGUUUAUCUUUAUCUACUUUGCUUUCUUUAUUUUUUGUUUAAAAAACUCUUUUACCUUGUCGUGUUGUUUUCUAUAAGAAGUUGAAAAUCGAAAUGUGUCAUAUAUUUCCUUGA